AUGGACAAGCAGAGUGUCAUCCCCGCUGAACAACGCCUCGAUAGCUUCAAUAUCUACCGUACGCAUUACAAAAAGAUCCAAGACCACGAGAUCGAGUUGGGCAUCCUCAUCCCAAAAGACCUCUCGCCAGGGUUGCAUCCUGUCUUUGUUAGGUUCCACGGCGGGGGAUGCAAGGUGUCCGGGACAUGGGCGUACCCAAACUGGUUUGCAAACUGGCUCAUCCCACUCGUCCACAAUAGCAACGCCAUCGUUGUAUCCCCAAAUUAUCGCCUUCUUCCGGAGCACAACGGAGACGACAUUCAGGAAGAUCUCGCCGACUUUUGGACAUGGUUCAAGGACGGUGGCGUGACGAAAUAUCUCUCCAGCAGAGCUGGUCCGUAUGCAGCCAUUCAGCUAGACUACACGCGCAUCCUCGCGGGCGGCGAUUCAGCAGGUGGCUACCUCGCCAUCCAAUCUGGGCUGACCCAGCCUAGAGGUACAUUGUGCGCCAUAAUUGGGUGCUACCCCAUGACGAACUACUUGCGACGGAAGCAAGAAGCCAUAUUCAUGGAAGAGCCGUCGCCGCCCGAGUCUAUCAUCGAUUCUGCGAAGGAGCACUUGAAGACCGUAGAGACCGGCACCAUCAUCUCAGGCGCCCCGCCCCGUCCCCGUAAUCGCCUAUCCUACGCCCUCUCUGCCUACGGCCGCUAUACCCACUUUUUCGGCACCGGGUCCCACCUGUGGCCCAUUUCCUUACUCGACUCUGGCGCAGCCACAUAUAUUCCGCCCACGAUCAUCAUUCACGGUGACGAGGACAAAGCAGUCAGCAUUGAUGACUCGAGGCUCUUCGUGAAAAGGGCUGCAGAAGUUGUAAGGGAGGGAGAGGUGAGGUUGGUAGAGAUAGAAGGAGUGGAUCAUGGGUUUGAUAUGGAAGCUAGUGAAAAACAGGAGUGGGUUAGGGGCGUGGUGAAGUGGGUUGAGGAGAGAUGGGUGGGUCGAGGGGUGAUUUGA